AUGGCGUGCUCUCCUGAGGAAAUUCUCAACACACUGCAACCUCUGUGUUCAGAACAAGAAGCUAGUAUCUUUCCUUUGAGUAGCAAUCCCCAGCUUCAGUGCUGCAGGCACCUCAUUCCCGGGCCUCUGUGGUGCUCCGAUGCCCCUCACCCACUGUUGAAGAUCCCCGGUGGGCGAGGGGACAGCAGGGAUCCUGCACUCCCAGCUGUGAUUUAUAAGGACGAGAAGCUUACGGUUUCUCAGGAUCUCCCAGGGAAUGAUGGGAAGCCCCACCUCGUCCAUUUCCAAUAUAAGGUCACUGAGGUGAAACAUUCCUCAUGGAAUGCCAUGCUGUCAAAUCAGAGCCUCUUUGUGGAAAUACCUGAGGGCAUCUUAGCUGAAGGGAGCAAAGAGGGGUUGCUGGCUCUACUUGAGUUUGCAGAAGAAAAUAUGAAAGUUAGAUAUGUCUUUAUCUGCUUCAGAAAGAGUCGAGAAGAUAGAGGUCCACUCCUCAAGACGUUCAGUUUCCUUGGCUUUGAGAUUGUACGCCCUGGGCACCCCUGUGUUCCUGCACGUCCAGAAGUUCUGUUUAUGGUGUACACGCUUGAUGAGAGCUCCUCAGAUGAAGAAUGAUAUAAAGAGGAAAUGUAGUUCUUGUAGCUCAGUUUUUGUUUUUGAGUUUUUUCUUUUUUGUUUUCCUUGUGUGUAUCCAAGUAGCUGUUUGGAAUUUCUUGCUUUUUUUCCCCUGGGCAUGGGAGGACAAGUGCGCAUGGUCGGACAAGUGCGCAUGGUCAUGCGUUGGACUGAUAUUUUUCGCCUUUCUUUCAGUUUUAUGAAUAAGAUUUUGUUGUUGACUUUCUCUGCAGUUUUGUUCAAAAGCAUCAACUUCAAGCACCUUGCAGUUUGUGAUCACAAUAUGUACUCAGAAUGUAGUUGAAGCUGCAUAUGAAAAAAAAAUAGUUAUCUUAAAAGUCA